AUGAGCCUGUACGGGGACCUGCCACAGGCCAGGCAGUCGUCGUCGGCCGACCCGACCCCCUGGUCGGCCAACCGACUGCGGGGCGGAGGAUUCCGAACCACUCUCGCCCCACCCCCCUCGGUGCUCCGAAAGCAGAAACCCCCCGCGCCGCCACCCGCGCCCAGGCCGCAGAGCCGCGCGGGUGCGCCAGCGCCCGGGGGCCCUGAUGAGGAGCCCGGUGAUGCGCCGUCGAGUCUCUUUGGCCUUUUCGGCCAGGUCGUCGACGAGUACGACCCCGCGAGGCCGAACGAGUACGAGGCCGUGGUGCAGGAGAAGGAGCGCAGGAAGCGGGAAACGGAGAUGGAGGCGGACAGGCAGGAGCGGCUGCGGGUCGAGAAGGAGAUGCAGGAGCGAGAGCUGCAAAGAGAGAGGGACAGAGAUAGACACCGGGAAAGAGAUUCGGAUAGGGACAGGACCAGAGGCUGGGAACGAGGAAGAGUAAUGCAUGGAGAUAGACAUCGUGACAGGCAUCAUGAAGUGGGCGCUUCCAGUGAUGAAGAUGACCGAGGAGAGCACAGGGGGCGGCAUGGCAGGGGUCACAGCACAAGCCGUGGGUCCUCACGUUCGCCCUCACCCAGCGGGCACGAUGAUCCCAAUGCCCAAGGUUCCAACAGGGACAAGGGCAUGUCACUUGCCCAGAGAAUGCUGGAAAAGAUGGGUUGGAAGGAGGGGGAGGGCUUAGGGAAGAUGAGACAGGGAAUGGCCACGCCACUCAUUGCUCAAAAGACUGACAAGCGAAGUGGGGUGAUUGUGAAUGCUGAGCAGAAGAAAAGUGCAGAUAUGCCACCCCCAGAGAAAAAGCCUCGGCUGGGGGCUGCAUUUGAAGGUCAACCCACCAAGGUUGUGCUGCUGAGGAAUAUGAUUGGCCCUGGAGAAGUGGACAACGAGUUGGAGGACGAGGUUGCUCAUGAGCUUCAGAGGUUUGGUGUCGUAGAGAAAGUGCUCAUCUUUGAGGUGACUGAGCCCGGGUUUCCACCCCAUGAGGCCGUCAGGAUCUUUGUGCAGUUUGAGCGGCCAGAAGAAUCCACGAAGGCCGUCGUGGCCCUCCAGGGAAGGUACUUUGGAGGCCGCGUGGUGCGUGCCGGUUUCUUUGAUGAACGGAGAUUCGACAACUGCGACCUCGCCCCUGAGCCUGGCGAAAUUGAUCUUCAGGGAGGCACAGGGACAUAA